GGUCUCAAGUGGCUCCACGAAAACGAUGUUAGUCACGGUGAUCUUACAGCCGCGAACGUCUUGCUCCGCUUACUUCAUCCGUCCGACUGCGUGAUCAGCGACUUCGGAGAGUCGCGUAAAGGUCGAAUGCAGACUACUUUGCCCGGAACCUUGGUUUACAUAGCCCCGGAAGUGGCUCGUAUCUAUCUGCACGGCGGAGAUGGAUAUGAGUACGACGCGCAGCGAGCAGACGUAUGGUCGACCGGUGUACUUGCCUCUCGUAUCUUGACCUUGAAACUGCCUCCGAUCCCUAGCGACGGCAAGUGGCUCGCGAUGUUUGCUACACUUCGCGGGUGGAGUCCUACCUUUGAAGGGCUCUCGGAGAACUGCUCGGCUCUUCUACUGCGGAUACUCUCCUAUGAUUCCAGCCGGCGACCGAGUGCUGCGCAAUGCCUUGACGACGACUGG